AAGGGACUGUCCCCGUGUCCAGCCAGCCCUGCCACAGUGAGGGGACCCGCAAACCAUGGCGCCAAGGAGACCCCGGAAGAGAGCAGAAGGGGGUGCCAGCUCCAACGUCUUCUCCAUGUUCGAUCAGUCCCAGAUCCAGGAGUUUAAAGAGGCCUUCACCAUCAUGGACCAGAAUCGGGACGGCUUCAUUGACAAGGACGACCUUCGGGAGACCUUUGCCGCACUGGGGACCCUCACGGUGAAGAACGAGGAGCUGGAGGCCAUGGUGAAGGAGGCUCCAGGGCCCAUCAACUUCACCGUCUUUCUCACCAUGUUUGGGGAGAAGCUCAAAGGCACAGACCCUGAGGAGACCAUCCUGCAUGCCUUCAAGGUGUUUGACACUGAUGGGAAAGGCUAUGUCAAGGCAGACUUCAUCAAAGAGAAGCUCAUGACCCAGGCCGACCGCUUCAGUGAGGAGGAGGUCAAGCAGAUGUUUGCUGCCUUUCCCCCCGACAUGUGUGGGAACCUGGACUAUCGUAACCUCUGCUAUGUCAUCACGCACGGCGAGGAGAAGGACUAGACGCCGUGUGGCCCCCACCCCACAAUCAGAGACUGCACAGAAGUGGGCACAGGGGGGUGGGAGGAGCUCCCUUAGCCAGUGCCUGCAUCACACACACCCCUUCAGAAUAAACAGCACUGAGGACACA